AUGGUUUUAUACACUUCCCCAUUUCCCAACAGCUUUCUGUCAGUUCUGCAUUCUUUUUCGUGGGGCCUGAUUUUCCCAUGUUACUGGUUAGCAGAUAGGCUUGUAGCCUCUUUUGUUCCAACCACCUAUGAAAAACGUCAAAGAGCAGAUGAUCCAUGCUAUUUUCAUGCUCUCUGCAUCAUUAUUACCACUCCCAUCUACUUGGCACUGUUAGUAGCCUCUCUUCCUUUUGCUCUGAUUGGCUUCUUGCUGUGGUCCCCACUCCAGUCAGCCAGAAGGCCAUACAUCUACUCCAGACUAGAAGACAAGAACCAUGCCAACGGAGCCACACUGCUCACUGAAUGGAAGGCUGCAGGGAGUGGGAAGAGCUUCUGCUUUGGCAGCGCUAAUGUUUGCCUGCUGCCAGAUUCUCUGGCAAGAUUUAAUAAUGUUUUCAAUACACAGGCGAGGGCUAAAGAGAUUGGCCGGAGGAUCCGAAAUGGGGCAAGCAGACCACAGAUCAAAAUAUACAUAGAUUCUCCUACCAACACCUCCAUCAGUGCAGCAAGUUUUAGCAGCUUGGUCUCCCCACAGGGUGGAGAUAGCACUAAUCAUACUGUUAAUCCUGGCAUGAAAAGGACAACAUCAAUGGAGUAUAAAGGAGACAAUUCUGGCUCAAACAAUGGUGAGGAUAGUAGAGAAGAUAAGGGUAGAACCAGAGAGCCAAAUGAGGGAGAAGAAAACUCUUGCAUUGUCCGCAUAAACGGAGAGGAUAAUGGCCACAUGUCAGAUACAGAAACAGAUGCCGUCAAUGGCCAGGCUCAUGCCAGCGGCCCAGCAGAGCCCUCACUGGAAGGUGAUGCAGAGAUCUCAAAAACACCUAACCACAAACAGAAGGAAGGUGAUUCUGGGAGUUUAGACAGCUGCUCUGCCUCACGAGAGUCCUUAGUUAAAGUUCGUGUUGGGGAUGGUACAGUGGACCAAAGCACUGUCAACAACAAGCUCCUCUAUAAAGCUUCAAUCAUGAAGAAGACUUCAGUGCGGAAAAAGAAACAUACAGAUGAGACCUUUGAUCAUGAGAUCUCUGCCUUCUUCCCUGCCAACUUGGACUUUCUGUGUUUGCAGGAAGUGUUUGACAAAAGAGCUGCAGAGAAAUUGAAAGAGCAGCUUCAUCACUAUUUUGAAUACAUUGUCUAUGAUGUUGGCAUCUACAGCUGCCACAGCUGCUGUAGCUUUAAGUUUGUGAACAGUGGUCUACUUUUUGCCAGCCGCUAUCCUGUUAUGGAUGCUGCCUAUCACUGUUACCCCAACGGAAGAGGAACGGACUCCUUGGCUUCCAAGGGAGCCUUGUUUCUCAAGGUGCAAGUGGGAAGUACACCUCAGGACCAAAGAAUUGUGGGAUACAUUUCCUGCACUCACUUGCAAGCUAUUGCAGGAGAUACUACUGUUCGAUGUGAGCAACUGGAUAUGCUUCAAGAUUGGCUGUCUGAAUUCCGAAAAUCUACCUCCUCCUCCAGCACAGCCAAUCCAGAGGAGCUGGUGGCUUUUGAUGUCAUUUGUGGAGAUCUCAACUUUGAUAACUGCUCCUCUGACGACAAGUUGGAGCAACAGCAUUCUCUGUUUACACACUACAAAGACCCAUGCCGAAUUGGUCCUGGGGAGGAUAAAUCAUGGGCAAUCG